AUGCCUCAAACGACAAAAGAGAAAGGAAAAAAGAAAGCCACUGCCAAUCCUGACAUGGAUCGAAUGGACGAUCUCGACAUUACCACCAUCUUAUCGAAUGCUGGAUUGGAUUCGAUUUCACUGGAAGAAGAACUUGCAGAAGAUGAGAAUGAAAAUUUUAAUCCAGGAUCGGAUGAUGAUAACGAUUCCCUCGACCAGUGGAUACAUGAAGAUCAAGAAACGGAAACAGACCUAAUUGAUAAAGAUCUCAUGAAUGAUGAUGAAAUCAUAAAACUUUUGAACAAAGCACCUGAGAAUCGUGCAAAGCUCAAGACAGGUGAUAUGGAAGAAUUCGAGAGGGAAAUGGAAGAGUUUGAUAACAAUCUAGCUUUAACAAGUGGCAUUGGUGCAAGUCGUAUCAAGGGUGCUACUAAAAAGAGAAUCCUGAAAGGUGAAAUUAAGCUCACAGACGAUGAAAAAAGAAAGCUUGGUGAAGCCAAUGCACUCUAUAUCAGUAGACAGUAUGGUAGUGCUAUUGAUAUUCUACAAGAUAUUAUUCAAAAGAAUCCCAAGGUACAUCCAGCAUGGAACACAUUGGGACUUGUGCAUGAAGAAUUAGGCAAUAAUGAAUUAUCAUUGAAAUUCCGUAUGAUGGGCGCUCAAAUGUGUAAUGAUGCCUCACUAUGGAAAGAACUGGGUCAAAAGUCAAUUGAAAACGAUGCUGUCAUGCAAGCCAUUCAAUGUUUUACAAAAGCACUUGCAUUGAAACCAACCGAUGUGGAUGCAUUAUGGGAUAGAGCAUUUCUUUACAAGCAGAAUGGUCGCGUUCAAUAUGCCAUUGAUGGAUUUACACGUAUCUUAGAAUUAUUGCCACACCAUUUCAAAGUCAUUAAUGAACUCGCUCAGCUUUAUCGAGGUCAAGGCAGAACAAAAGAAGCCAUCAAACUGUACGAAGACGCCAUUGUGUAUCAUACAGAAAAUCAAGUAGAUGAAAGUGAUCAUGAAGACGAAGAAGAGGAAGAUGAAUUUGCAGAUAAACUCGGUUAUUCCGAAAUCAACAUGCUGAGUGAACUUUACUUGAUCCUGAAUGACUAUAGGCGGUCCUUGGACACAAUCAAGACAGGUUUGCGUCUGGUACAAAAGAGACAGAGUGAAACUUGGUGGACAGAGCAUACAGAUGAUGAUGAUGAAUAUCUUGAAGAAGACGAUUCAAGGACAGAUUUUCCUAUGGAAUUGCGUGUAAGAAUGGGUAUAUGUCGUUUGUAUUUAGGACAAGUGAGAAUAGCUACAAGGCACUUUCAAUACUUGCUUCAGUACCCUGCCACUAGUUACCCUGAUUUACACCAAGAUAUUGCUUAUGCCUAUUAUGAUAAACGUCAUUAUGAUUUAGCAUUGCCUAUCUUUCAACGCAUCAUUGACGCCUCUAGUGAAAUUGAAGUCGAUUUACUGAUUCGCACAGCUGAUUGUUAUAGAGAAACAAAUGAUCUAGAUACGGCCGUUUUAUUCUAUUUAAACGUGUUGGAGGAACAGCCAGAUAAUUUAGAUGUCAUGAUGUCUUUAGCUACUGUCUAUGAAGAACAAGGCAAUGAAGAAAAAGCACUAGAAUUAGUCGAUUAUGUCGUGAAAAAGAACCGUGAAGAACGUCGACAGAAGAAGACCAAAGCAGAAAAUGAGACAGGACAACAAACACAAACACAGAAUACAAAGCGUAUGAAUCGAUCUAAAAAUGCUUCUAUUUUUGAAGAAAAGCAUCAGGGCAUGUCUAUUACAGAAUAUUAUCACCGUAAAAGAGAUGAAAUCAAACGUAGAGAAGAAGAAAAGACAUACUCUACACUGGGCUUAUUUGCAAAAUUGGACGAAUUAGAAGAGAAAAUGGGAGCUGAUACAAUCAAUGCAGACAGGUCUCUCUUGCGUGAUUAUAUGCGAAGUGCACAAGAAUUAUGGAACGAUUUUAGUAAUACAAGUGCAUUUUAUCCUUCAGAAAGAUCUUUGCGCUAUACAGGCUUUUAUGCAUUUAGAAAAGGGAAAGUCAAGAACAGAGACACAGAUAACUUGAAUGAAGAAGCUCAUUCUAUGGCAAAUCGUCUUCGUACACGUAUUAAAAAAGAAGAGGAAACAGGCCAAGAUCGAAUUGAUUUUGAUGAAGAAGAAAAGCACUUGAGACAAGAAGAAGAAGAGAAGGAGCGUAUGAUUCGGGCUUCUCAAUUCAGAGGCAUUCCUAUGAAUAAAUGGCUACGCAUGAUUAUGCGUUAUGCUUAUGUGUUAACGACAUUCAAAAGAAGUUUAGAGGCAUACAAUGUGUUACUCAAGGCUAUUAGUGCUAAUGUGUUUUAUCAUGACAACCCUAAAAAGCAAGCGCUUUACUUGACUAUGAUUGGUUGUGGUAUGAUUGGAAAAAGAGGUACUAUGGUGCAAGAAGGUGCUCGUUGGCUCUGUAACUACCGUCAGCACAAAAACGAUGGUUUCCGUAUUUAUGCAGCAUUGGUGGAUUCUGGCUAUAAGGAUCCUACUAUGUAUGUCUCUCAGAAUCAACUGAAAUACCUCACUCGUAUGGUACGUUUGAUGGAUGCAAUGGUGGGCAAUAAAAACAAAGAAAAUGAGGGUAAUAAUCGCGAACAAAUCCGUUUGCUCAACGAAGAAAUCUUGGCUAUGAACAUUGAUCCUGCUGCUGCAAGUGAAAAUUAUUAUACACGAUAUUAUCAUACGCCAACUGCUGUUCCACCCCCCAUAGUGAAGAAGAUGAAUGUAGAAGGACUCAGCUCAUUGAAUCCUAUCUUAUUGUGUUUGUACGGUCACAUGAUGACUUUAUCAAGGAGUGCAGUCGCUGCGAGUCUAUUCCACAUGAGAGCCUAUGCUGUAGCACCUAAAGAUCGUCUGAAUACACUCUCUUUAGGUAUUUCUUUACUGCAUACUGCUAUUCAGCGUAAAUCAGACGAUAGACAUAUGCAAAUUGUGCAGGGAAUGAUGUUUAUUUAUGAAUAUGCAAAAUUAUCUGGUCAUAGUCAAGAGUCAGAAUACAACAUUGGACGUGCAUUUCACUUGCUUGGCCUUACACAUUUAGCCGUGACUCAUUAUGAGAAAGUACUUUGUAUGCCAGCGCCCUCUAAAGCAGCCACACGACAGCCAAAACCAUUUGACAGUGUAUAUGCAUGGCCUAUCUCUAAAGAAGAAGAAGCUGAACUAGAAGAAGACCAAGAAGAUGAAGACGACUUAAAAUCAGAAGCUGCUUAUAAUCUUCAUUUGAUUUAUAUCACCAGUGGUUCUUUAAGUUUAGCGCAGAUUCUUCUUCAAAAAUAUUGUGCAGUUUAA